GACUAAUUAAAGGCACGCGCGCGUGGUUUGAAAGCGGAGUGUCUUGGGAUUGUUUGAUCAGGAACACACGCGCUAAUGGACGAUGACGAGGAGGCUUAUCGAUUAUGGAAAAUUCGUAAGACCAUAAUGCAGCUCUGCCAUGAUCGGGGGUUUCUGGUGACCCAGGAUGAGCUGGACCAGACCUUGGACGAGUUCAAGGCUCAGUUCGGGGACCGUCCCAGCGAGGGUCGACCCAGACGGACCGAUCUCACGGUUCUGGUCGCUCACAACGACGAUCCCACCGACCAGAUGUUUGUUUUCUUCCCAGAGGAGAUGAAAGUGGGCAUCAAGACCAUUAAGAUGUAUUGCCAGCGGAUGCAGGAGGAAAACAUCGCGCGGGCCAUUAUCGUGGUCCAGACGGGCAUGACCCCAUCUGCUAAACAG